CAGGUGGCGCUGUGGGCAAGUGUUCCGCCAUCAACCGUAGAAGAAGAAUCUGAGCGGCGAAGAAGAAGUUAGCGCGGGUGUUUUGACCAGUUAGCUAACAGCUACAAACAGUUAGCGGGAGCUGAGAGACCGCCGCUCGCUCGUCUCAUCACCGUGUUUCUCCUCACAGAGCGUCACAGUGAGGCUGUCAUGGAGUCCACAGAGAGCAGAUUCGCUCACCUGCUGCAGCCAAUCAGAGAGCUCACCAAGAACUGGGACAUCGACGUGGCGUCAGAGCUCAACGACUAUUUAGAAGAGCUGGAUGACAUGUGCAUCACAUUCGAUGGAGGGAACACCAGGCUGAACUUUGCAGAAGCGGCUCUGUUGAUUCAGGGCUCAGCCUGCAUCUACAGCAAGAAGGUGGAGCUGCUGCACAGUCUGGUUUACCAAACUCUGGAGUACAUCAACGACAAAAACAAGAAACGGAGCAAACAGACGGCAGCGUCUCAGGAGGACGGUGCGGACGGAGCAGCAAGCAACCAUGAUGUCGACGAUGUUGCUGUGUUCACUCCUCUGGACCUUGAUGUCUCCGAUGAAUCACAGAAGGCCGAAGCCCACACAUCGGCCUGUGUCGCUCCUCUUCCUCCAGAGUCUCUGAUUCCUCCUGAAACUGCAGAGAAACAGAAACUUCCUCUCAUCAGUGUGAAAGGGGAGGUCCUGUGCAGUCUGAAGGACUUCAGGAUCAAUAUCUUUGUCCCUGGAGAUGAAGAUCUGAUCCUCCUCACGCUGGGAUCAGCCGCUUCCAGACUUCUGCUGGAUGAACGUCCUGCAGACUCGCUGCAGCAACAAGACGCUGCUGCUUCAGUCCUCGCUGAGGUCGAAGAUCACGGCGGCGAUGCUGCUGAUGGUUUUGUUCCUUUAGAAGAGAACCACAUGGAGUUAGACCAGGACCUGGAGGAGCACGUGGACCGACACCAGGCUCCGUGUGAAGGCCGGAUGAUCCGAGAGAGACGGCAGGUGGAAGGCGACAAACUGAGAAAGAAGGAUGAGUCGAGGCCGGCGGUGAACGUGUGGGCGCUCCAUGACCCGUACGCUGAGCUCGGGGAGGACAAACCCUUUAAAUCAGGAAAAUGCUACAAGGUUCCUGAAGGUCUGGACGAGGGUGGGAAGAGGAAAAGGAAACGGCCGGCUUCACUUCAGGACUUCAGGAGCUGGUUCAGAGGGACCUUUGAUCCUCCAGAGCACAAACUAAAAAACGGACCCACGUUUACAGACCUGAAUUACAUCUACAUGAGCACCAUGAGGGACAAGCUGAAGACCAGGAGGAGGAUCUACAGGAGAGCGGGUGUGGUCGUCUCUGAUGAGGAACUGAGGCGGACCUUCCUGCAGCCAGAGGAGGCGGGGCCACAUCAGCAGGGGGAGGAGCCUGUGGAUGGAUUCAGACACCCUGACCUGCUGGGUGGAGAUGAUGACAACUCUGACAACGAACACGAAGCGUUUCCUGAUGACGGUCCAGCAGAGUUUGAUGGAGGUCCAGACUUCAUCCCAGCAGAUGCUCAGAGAGAUGAACUGAGUUAUGAAGAUCUGGUGAAGCUGCGUGUUGAGCAGCUGGUGGUGAGCAGCAGAGACUACACUCAGGAAACUGCUCUGUCUCGACGAGUCAAAGACUGGGAGGACAAGAUCCGACCAGAGCUGUCUCUGCAGGAAGAGCGUCCGGUGUUUGACAUCCACGAUUAUGGCGACAGGAUCGUCGGCUCGCUGAGCGUCGUCGGUCAGCGCAGAUCGUUCGCCUCCAUCGUCGCUGGAUUGGACAACUUUGAAGCCUGCAAGUACCUGCUGGCCUCACUGCAGCUGGCGAACGACUACACGGUGGAGGUGGACAGCGUCGCGGGUCUGGAGGACAGCGUGGACUCGAUGGGUCUGACUCUGCUCAGCACUCACAGAGCGACGGACAGAUUCAAAACUCUGACGGCUUCAAACUGAAACACAGACGAUGAAAUGUUUGACUUCUUUACUGUAAAGCUCUUCUGUUCUCUGCUCGUGUUGUCUCGUCCUUGGAUUCAGCUCAUCGUUGAAUCAUGAUCUGUCUGUUUUAAGGUUCUGAUCAGAAACAUGAUGAUAAUUAUGCUGACGUCUUUCUUGAAUAUGAAGAUCUGUAAUAAAAAAAAUGUCCAUUAACUUGUUUGUUCAUCACCAAAGAAAAUAAAGAGAGUGAUCCUCCGUGUCUGUCCAGCGGAGACACACAGGACAGCCAGACUUAAAGACUCACGUUUUAGAGGACAGACGAUGGACGCUGAACGUUCUACGUGUUGAAAGAUGAAAUGAAUCCCUCUGCUCUCACCUCCACACAGCGACCUCAGGGUUCACUGAUUGAUGCUGAAGCUCUGGAAUAUCAUCCAGUUUAUCUGUCAUGUUUCCAAAGUCAGAAACAAUCUGAAUAAAAUCUCUGGU